AGCAAAGCUCUGGAUUGUCCGCAGCCCCGGCCGCUCACAAGUGAAGGGUCCCGGGGCCUAGGGCGCUGGCGCGGAGUGGAAAGCACCGGCAGGCCGUGGAAAGGCCGGGUCAGCUGCGGAGAAGCGCGCGGGGGUGGGCUCUGCAGCCGCGGGUUGUUUAUCUGGAGUACGGAGGGGAGGGGGGAGCCUGGAAACCGCCCCGUGUCCCAUUUCCUCCUCUUGUUUUCGCUCCGGAUUCUCCAUGUUGGACCCAAACUGAGGAGCCCGGAGCUGCCACCGGGGGAUCGGGGCCGGGGGCACCCGGGGGAUCCGCUGCCCGGGCCGCCCGCCUUCAGUUCAGGCCACCUCCCUUCCCGGCCCGGGGAGGAAACGAGAAGGGGGGAUGUGAACAGCGGCGGGAAUCGGAGACUAGGGAGCCAGAGCGGAGCGGGCCCCCGCCCAGGCCCCCAGCCCAGCCCUGCCCAGCCCGCGCGCCCGCCCGUCCUCCCGCCCAGCCAGCCCGGGCCCGCGGAAUUGUUAGAUGGAACACGGCUCCAUCAUCACCCAGGCGCGGAGGGAAGACGCCCUGGUGCUCACCAAGCAAGGCCUGGUCUCCAAGUCCUCUCCUAAGAAGCCACGUGGACGUAACAUCUUCAAGGCCCUCUUUUGCUGUUUCCGUGCCCAGCAUGUCGGUCAGUCCAGUUCCUGCACGGAGCUCGCCGCAUACAAGGAAGAAGCCAACACCAUUGCUAAGUCGGAUCUACUCCAGUGUCUCCAGUACCAGUUUUAUCAGAUCCCUGGGACCUGCCUACUCCCAGAGGUGACAGAGGAAGAUCAAGGAAGGAUUUGUGUGGUCAUUGACCUGGAUGAAACCCUUGUACACAGUUCCUUUAAGCCAAUCAGCAAUGCUGACUUCAUAGUGCCUGUGGAGAUCGAGGGGACCACUCACCAGGUGUACGUGCUCAAGAGGCCUUAUGUGGAUGAGUUCCUGAGACGAAUGGGGGAGCUCUUUGAAUGUGUUCUCUUCACUGCCAGCCUGGCCAAGUAUGCUGACCCUGUGACAGACCUGUUGGACCGGUGUGGGGUGUUCCGGGCCCGCCUGUUCCGGGAAUCCUGUGUGUUCCACCAGGGCUGCUAUGUCAAGGAUCUCAGCCGCCUGGGGAGGGAUCUGAGGAAAACCCUCAUCCUGGACAACUCGCCAGCUUCCUAUAUCUUCCACCCUGAGAAUGCAGUGCCUGUGCAGUCUUGGUUUGAUGACAUGGCAGACACCGAGUUGCUCAACCUGAUUCCAAUCUUUGAGGAACUAAGUGGAGCAGACGACGUCUACACCAGCCUCGGGCAGCUGCGUGCCCCUUAGCCCUCCUGCUGCCAAGCAGUGGCUAUCUUAGCAGGGGACUUUGCUACACUGUGCCUUUUUUGAUCAGCCUGACAGCCCGAGUGAAGAUGGAACCCUCAGCACCUCAGCAGAUGGCGCCUGGAAGUAGAUGUGGUUGGAAAGAGCUCUAGGGCAGGUUAGAUGCCAGCUGGGUGGGUCAGACCAACAGUAUCCAGAGGUGCCUGUUCCAAGCCAGGUUCCCAAGAUAGACGUGUGUGUUAGUAUGGGGUGUGUGGGUGUGGGUGUGGGUGUGUGUGUGUAUGUAUGUGUAAGAAAUGGGGACCCAGCAUUUCAGUGGGGAAGAUCAACUUUUCCCAAGUUAGUUCAUCUCCUCUCCUGCCACCCUGUGAGCUGUGCAGGGGUAAAGACUGUGAUUGCAGGCUCUGUUACCAAUCCACGGCCUUUCCUCAGGAAGGCCUAUGCAAGGAGAAAGGAGAGGUCAGCGGCUGCCUUGGUGCCCCAGGUGCACACCUUUGUGAAAACUCCAGCCUGGUCACUGCAGAUAAAAGAUGCCAUUCCUGGGAAGACGAGGACUCCUUUCCAGAACCAGUAAACCUGUGACCAUCAGGUCCUAUGGCCCAAGGGUUGUACCGGCCUCCAGCCGAGUGCCUGCUGUGCACCCCAUCUGUCUCCAAAGGUUUAGGCGCCGGGCCUGCCUUCCUUACCUCCCAGCCAUAGCCCUGAUCCCGAGGGGAAGGAGGUCUGCUGCCUGCCCUGGAAGACAACAGAUAACUGAUUUCCGUUCUUGUGAAAUUCCCAUUCUGAACAUGGAGCAUUGGACCUGGUUUGUUUCUGGCAAAACAGCAAUCCUGGGCCUGAGAUGAGUGGGAGGUGCUGGGGUGCACGGAAGAGUUAAAUCUCCAAAGCGAGUGUAUGCCCUCCUGCCUGGCAGAUCAGCUGAGCUGCUUUCCGUGAGUCUGCUCUUCAGGGACUCGGUGCUAGUGCUGCUGCUGGCACAGGGACUUUCGUUCCGAAGGCUAGGAAAGGCUGUCCAAGCUGCCUGGCCCCUCCCUGGCUUGGGCAGGGUUCUUUCCUGUUGCGUCUUCCCCGAUGGUCUGUCCUGUGCUGAAGUCUGUUCCUGUCUUCAUCCUUCUUGGCUCUCACUUCCUCUGAGUCUCAGAACUCCUGCUUUGCCAGACUGAGGGGGACAGGCACUCUUACCAUGUGGUUUGCUAACUUUCCACACCCUCCAAACAGGAGUGAGUGAACCCCUUACACACCUGAACUCUGGGUAUCUUCUGCUUUCAAAAAUUAUUAAUAAUGAGUACUUUUUUUUUUUUUUAAAGAAGUCACAACAUGCAAGCUUUCCCCUGGGUGAAAAACAGAGGAGGAAGUGCUGCUGUAAUUGGGAGCACGAGGGCCCUCCACAAGGGGGACCCUACCUCAGCAUCACUGCCUUAAGGCCUCCCCUGGGUGGGGCUCUUUCCUCCCUCCUAGGAUGGAAGAGGGAUCCCCUCCCUGUCCCUGGAGAUACAGAUGUCCUAGAGCAUUUGUGGAUUGCUUCUGGUUCGGGUACACUGCCCACUCAGGACUCCUCCUAUUGACCUUUCCAGUUUCUGCACAUGAUCUAGAUCCAGCCUCAGGAACUAAUCAGUUCGAGAAACCAGGUGGCAGAGCAGCCACUGAGCAUUCUGAGUGGUAGCGGUGUGGCUAGAUCUUUGUAGUGUCACCUUUCCUUCCUGUCCCAGUGUGGGUGGCCUUGUCUUUCUCUUUGUUGUCAGAGAAGAAGAACAGAGCACCAGCCCUCCUGCAGUCAUUCCCCCAGGAUGAUUCCCUGUGCCUGUGGGGUCCUACACAGAGGGUGCCAGGUGCUAGCCGGGAAGGCCAUCUCUGCAAGGAAAGGAGAUGCUCAGAAGCUAAGGACAGCUGUGGCUUGAGACCAGGUCCUGGCUUCCACUGCCAUUCUAGUAUAGCCUCAGGCAAGUCUCUGCCACCUGUCCAGGCCAAGCUUUUCUGACUAAGCAAUAAGAGGCUCUGAGCUGAUUGAACUUUUGCCCUCUUUCAGAUUUCCAUGUUUUUUCCCCCACAGAGCCUGUGCCACCCCCAUUCCUGUCAGGCUCAUCGUGUGACCGUGACCAAAGCCUAAGGCAGCCCAGUCGCCCCAGCUGUCCAGGCCCCACUCACCUGCUCUCCCGCAGGUUUUCCAUGGUCAUGCCACCUCCACUCUCCAUCUCCUUUCCCAGAGAAGCAUCGUGACCAAAACUAAACAAGGGCGGUCCAUGUGGACCAGCACCAGCCUGAAGUCAUCACUUGCCAUCUGCAUUCUGGUUUCACAAUGUGUUGGGGCAAGUGGUGGUUGUACAGCUUGCUUCUCAGAGGAAUCAGGCAGACUUACUUAAUGCAUUGAGGAGGGCAAGACUGAGAGGAAGCCACUCCCGCAACCUGUGCUGGGGCUUGCCACCAGCCUGUCCCCUGAGACUGGUCUUCAGGAGAAAGUAGGCCACUGUGCCCGCUGUGGUCACCAACUCAAGCCAUGCCAGAAUCUGCCCGCCUGCCAGGUUCAGCUCUUUCAGGUGCCUCUUCAGGGACACAGUGUGUCUCUCUGAUUGGGCUUCUAAAUCAGCCUGAUGUUCUCAUCCCUCUUAUAGGGGGGCUUUGGACACAGGACCAGUGCGGUAAAGGGUCCGAGAAGGGUUUUCUCUCUGCACAUUGUAGAGGGGAUGCACGCUCGGUAGGCCCAUGGGUCUUUUGCUCGAGUGAGUUUGCCUUCAGUUACCCUGGGACCUUCCGUUUAGUUCCCUCCUUCCUCCCAAAGAUUUUUGUGUCAGUGCAUAAAUGCAGCUCUUAACAGUGGCCCAGAAGGUUGUUUUUUUUUUUUUUUUUUUUUUUAAUACUAAAAGCAUAGGAGCCUCAAGGCAAUGCUUCCUGGGGGGCGCACCCAGCAGUUCUGCUGCCCCUGCCCUCCCAAGUCCUCAUUAGUGGGGCAGCCCCUUGUACAGCUGGCCUGCACCAAGUGGCCCAGCCAGGCGCAGUAUUUGAGAGCAAAGCCCACUUUCCCCUUCUGGUCUUCAGUUGGUUACUUAAUUGUUACUAUCAUUCAACCACCUUUUUUUUCUGAAAUGGGACUUGGUUUUGUCUUUCUCCUUUUUUUAAGCGCCAGUAAAUAUCUGCAUAUUCAACCACAGGAGAAGAGGUGGGGGCUGGCCAGCUGUCAGCCCACCUCUUCAUCUGGUGAGCUUCUUUGCUUAUAAGUACCCCGAGUUUGCUGUGAUCCCCUUUCAAGAUGCCAUUUGGAGGGGAGGAGGUCUGCUUCCCACUGACUGGGCUAUGGGAUUCUGACUACCUUGCUUCAUGAUUUGAUAAAUUUGUUGUAUUCAAAAACUUGAAAUGUAGGACGCCAUUAAGUGUCUGUUUAUAUUUUUGGAAUAUUUGUAUCACUUACAAUUAAUUAAUAAAAGCCGGUUUUUAAAAACCUA